UGUCUUUUCUGAAAAUAAAAAUGAAAUUUCCAACAUCUAGAUCUUGAAAUUUCCCAGAUCAUAUUGAGUGAACGAAUGGUGGCGAAAAACGUUACCUGAUAGGAAAGUUUUAACUCCAGAAUUUAUAAACAAACAAUCGGAAUUAUAACUACAAAAUAAAAAAAUAUGCAUUUGAAAACCGCCAGCGAAAUCCUUGCUAUGUUAGUUCUGACAGUCACCGGUGACCGCGUGUUUCCAAUUUCUAUAUGGCAAUCCUCAUCUCACUCUCACUUGUGUGAAUGAGAAUUUUACUUGUCUUUUUCUAUGGUGACAAGUUUGCCCCACUAACCUCAUAAACAGCAUUUUGUUCGCACUUAAAUGGAAAAAUGCAAUUCUUUGAACCCGGGGUUGCUGAUCUUUUGCGAUGCACCCAGCGCGAUCAGGCAGUUAUCAGCGAUCUGGAGGGCCAGUUGCACUCGUUCCUCAAACAUUUGAACGCCCGCACUUACCACAGGAUUAGAAGGUCCGUGCCCCUUUUAGCCCGCUUCUGGUACUUUUAUAUGACCAGUGUGUACAAUCUGCAAACACUCGGCGAAGAGUACACGGGCACCUUGCGACUUACCCGAGACCGCAAGGUCCCUACAAAGUUGCAUCAACUUGUGUGGCUUAUUCUGCACAUUGGAGGCGAGCCGCUGGCUUUGAGGGCUUUAGGACAUGCCGAGUCAAUAGUCAAAAAGUCGCCCUCGCUGACCCAACCUGCGAAAGACGUGCUUCUAAAGUGUGUGGAGUGCUUCAAAGGGCAGGCUCCGCUGUUGAAAAGAAUACACCAUUUCCUGUUUUAUAUCAAUGGAAAAUACUACCAUAUCGCCAACCGAUUCGCUGGAAUAAAGUAUGUUCUGGUACGACAUUGGCUGCAAAGUGAUUCAUUUGCCGGAAGCUUCAAGCUACUGGGCAAACUGUCUUUGUUCUACAUACUCUUCAAUGGCAUCCAGCCCUUUUUGACGGCAGAGCCCCAGGGCCCCGACAAGACAGUACAAACCAUUACUACUCAGUCAGUGAAAUGUAUUGUAUGUGCAGAUCAGAUCCGGAACCCAACAGCUACGCCUUGCGGCCAUGUCUUCUGCUGGGCGUGCUUGUGCGACUCUUUAAACUACCAAAAAGCCUGUCCACUGUGCAGGGAAGAGGUUCAAAGUGAUCGGAUAAUAUUUCUGCAAAACUACGUCUAGUCGAGUUGAAGCACUUAUAAUUAAGGCUAUUCUGAGUAACUAAAGUCAAUACACCUGGACCCCAAUGAACAA